AUGGGACAUGGAGGGGCAGAGAGCGACAGUAAUGAAGGCCAUGCGAGCACCAGCAACUUGCCGGUGUGGCUGAUGCUUCAGCGCUGCCGAGGUUUCGGGUGGAUGCACGGAAGGCACUGGGGUUGCCUUGGCCUGAUUGACUCUGGCCGCAACGCAGCGCUGUUUUCACGAGUUGUAUUGGUGGCGGGAGAUGAAAGCGAGUCUUCAGACUCCGCAGAUGCUUCUCCUGCCAGUAGAAAGUACACUGGUGCCGCCAGUUCAAGUGGCGGCUCUGCGGCCUUCAGGAGGGGUCAGGCAGAGGCUGGCGAUGAUGUGCUACGCAUAUUAGACAAUGUGGCUCCUGUAGAGGUAGAAGCGGCGCCUGGGGAUUGGAAUGAAGGCGAGGGGAAGGAAGAACCCGCAAGCAUGUUUGCUGCUCUCUUGCCUUCAUCCGCCCCGACGGAACGCAGCAGCAUAGAAACGAAAGCCAUUGAGGGGGAGUUUACAGUUAUGCAUAGGGUGAAGGAGGACCCGCCUUCAGGAGAAGACGGCGAUGAACUCCAGCUCUGCUUCGGGGAGAUGCUGUGGCACCCAACGCCGCCGCUGCUCAUUGCAUGCCGUAGCCUCUGGGCAGCCCCUCAACGCAUGCGUUUGACGAAGUCUGCUGGAGAAUCAGAUCACGAGCCGCAAGCAGAUGGGGAGAGCGCAGCAGCAGCAGCGCCACCAGCCCCAGUCCUCGUGCUUUCCGACAUCGACGAAGACGAACCUGUCUCGCAAUCCACGGAUUCCAAAGCCUUACCUUCGGUUGUUGGAGUAUCACGGGCUGUUGCACAGACUCUGAGAGCGACGCUGAGCGACAGAGAUGCUCUUAGCCGGAUCGCUUCAGAUACGGUUUCGGUUUCGCUUCAGUCGCUCCGCCAGAUGCCAUCUACUUUGUCGAAGCUUUCAAGUGCGACCUCGGAGGUCUUCCACAGGGCUGCAUCCGACUGGGCCACGUUCGGCAACGCAGCUGUCCAAGCAGCGGCGGACUCAGCUGAAAGAGCUCAAAGGAUUUGGAGGGCGUUUAGAGGAAAAGAUAGCAAGGCAGACGCUGACAAGGAGGGUGAUGGCGAAACGUAG